UGCUGAUGUACGCCGGAGAUUCUCGGUUUGUUAUAGGUGGAAUUUAAAGUGCAAUUUAAGCGAUCCACGCUUGGCUCAGGGACGAAAUGUACGUUCCAAUUAUUCCUUGCACAGGGACGAAAAUAUGGCACAUCGCACUUAUAAAAUUAAAUCGGUUUUCAACUUUUAACGCACUCUUACGCGCAAUGGUAAAUAUAGGCUGGCUUUAUGCUCUUGCAAAAGGAAUUGAGCGUUCCGCCGCGGACCGGCCCGGCCCGUGACGGGACUUUGCUCGGUAGAGGCGGUAAGCGGAAGGAGUAACCCAGAGGCCGUAGGUUAUUUCAGGAGUGAUGAGUUGGUUAAUGUUCAGUCGCUCGGCGGGGCCCAAGGUGUUUCCUGCUCUCUUCUCCGUGCACCCUUAUAUUGUCGUCCUCACGCCGUCUUCAAAUAUGGCUUCACAGAGCCAUUGGUUAACUCCAGAAGAAAGGGAACAACUUCUGCCCGAAUUAAAAGCAGCAGGUUGGGAAGAUGUUGAAGACAGAGAUGCACUUUGUAAAGAAUUUUCAUUCAAGAAUUUUAACCAGAAGACUCAGUUACUAGCUCGAUGCUCAACCCAGCACAGAUGGAAAGCAGCAAGGAUUUGGCAGGAUUCGAACCUGGGACCGCUCUCCUUGAAGUCUGGCCUUUGGGUUUAUGACACGGGUGGCGUUACAAGCAGAGAAAAUGAAUCACCACCCUGAGUGGUUCAAUGUGUAUCAUAAGGUUCAGAUUACUCUUUUAACACAUGACUGUGGUGGUCUCUCCAAAAAAGACAUCAAACUGGCAAAGUUCAUUGAACAAGCUGCUGCUUCAGUAAAUUAGCUCCGAAUUUUAGGUCUUUUUUUUCUGUUGUUGGAGAAAAUAGAUUUUGCCUUUAAGCCUUUUAGUGUUGCCUUUAAGCUCAAGGUGAACAUAUUAAACAUUCCAAUUGAGACCAAUAACGGAAUGUGUAAUUCCCACUUUAAAUCAAUAUUUCUUCAGGAAUGCAAGGUCGUGACUGCUAAAAUCAGAAAUGCAGAGGAUAGUAUGUUACUUAAGAACUCUGACCCCUCAAAUCACAAGUAUUACUUUUAAUAAAUAUGCAUUUUGAAUUCAGCAUGCUCAAAUCAUGAGACUUGCACCUGGAACGCUGCAGAGGACGUAGUCAAGAGUUAUAAAAAUUUUAAAAGCUGGAGACAUUCAGCAUGUUGGUCAGUUUCUCAGGAAAGAAACAGAGUUAAUGCUUCAUGUCAGGGAUUCUUCUUCCAAUUUUACUUCUCUUUUCACAGAUGCAGUCUGACCUGCUGAUUGUUUCCAGCACUUUAUAUUCUCAUUUCAGAUUUCCAACGUCUACUUUUGUUUAUUUACUUAUGUGUAUGUACAGUACUGGGAAUAAUAAAGACUAAAUAGAAUAUC